AUGGACAAAAACACAGCAUCCAAUGGCACUUUGUAGGGGGCAGUAUCAUUGAAGUGCUGCACUUAGCUUACUAGCCUUCCCACAAUUCACUUGCUCUACCUGCUAGCUGUUUGAAGAAAUAUAUCUUAAUCUGUCAAUGCUUCUCUCUUCUCUCUCUGCUGUGUGCCGCUCUCUCUCUCUCUCUCUCUCUCUCUCAGCUGUCUCCUCAAAGGUGCCUUUGAGGCCGGCAGACAGGCUCCUGCUUCUUCCUGCUGUACCAGCCUCCCCCAUCUCCUGGGAGUUCUGGUCAUAUGUCCUCUAAACUGCCACGCGCACACAUUAGCAAUUGCACUCAUUAGCAUAGUAAGUGACUGGAAGGCACUAAAUAAGGCAUGUUAAAACAUAGAGCUAUGAACUACUGUGAGGCUUGAGCAGAGCUCUGAUGAUUCAGUGCCCUUGUCCGGCCAGCUGUGUGUCUGGGGAUACAGCAGGUCGUGAUAGAGUAGCAGUACUAGAAGAGGUACUUGCAGACUUUAGACUGAACACUGUGUAGAGUUUGUGUUCCACCAAAGCAGGGGUGAGACAGCUUGAAGUUGUUGGGUUGUUGGAUUUCCUGGCCAUCUCUGCUAUUCAUAGGUUCUUAUGGUUUGCUAGCAGUAACAUAACAUUUGGACUAUAACAGCCAUCCUGAGGCCAUAUCCCAAGUCAUAACAAUGACAAAGCAUAAAUCACUUAUUUAUUGCUAUUGUACCUCCCCACAACCUUGUGAUUUAUUAUCACUGUCAUGUUUGUGAGUAGAAGAUUUGUCAAUGUGAGACUGUAAUAGACAUUAAUAAUACAUCACAUCUGGACAAAGUCUGUUCAGGACGAAGACUGCUCAGUUGGAGAUUGUAAUUCCUAGGGUUUGGAAGGGCAAAUCUUUUUAAAUUAGAUUUGUGAACAUCUUGUCAUGUCGUGACACCCAGUCCUAAAACGACAACAUCUGUCCUUCCUCUCGCUCACUUUCGCUCUUGCGCUCUCUCUCUCUCUCUCUCUCUCUCUCUCUCUCUCUCGCUCUCUCUCUCUCUCUCUCUCUCUCUCUCUCUCUCUCUCUCUCUUUCUCUCUCAUUAUCCUUUCUGCUGUCUCACAUGGGUGGAUGUGUGGUUAUCAUACAGUACAAGCAGCAUCAGCAGCAUUCAUCACUAAUCUCCCCAAGUCACCCUCUUAUCAGCACCACACAUCUGACACAUUCACACUUAAUUUAGACACAAGUAUUUUUCCUCCAUCUAUUAUUUUGGCUAGCAGAGACAUUUCACCAUGAAGGAUUGUGUGUGAGGUGCUAAAUGUAACUUUAGUAACUGCAUCACAGUUCAUUCACAAUGGGAAGCAGUAGUUAUUUGCUCUGGUGGUACGUGUUUUUAGAAGAGGUUCUCUCAGACUGGGGCUUUGCUAAACAAGAAACACUGUGUGUAAAUCCUUACUAUCCAGCUGUCUGUCUGUCACCAUUUAAUUAAGUAUUCUGAGGUUAACCUCCUUCUUAAAAAUGUCUUAUAUAUUGCCGCCCCUCUGUUAUGUUGCCCUGUUUGAACCGUCUCUUGUCCCAAUACUUGGGUAGCAUACGUACUAGUUUAUGUUUCUUGUUACUCUGGAAGUACGUCAUCGAAAUUUGACGGUAAUGAAUACAGCAGUCACGGUCAUGUAAUAAACUCUUGAGUGCUUUGUUGUUUACCUUCUAGUAGAUCAUGUUUGAGCUGGCCACAUUGAAAUGCCUAGGUGACCUGGCUACUAUGUGCAGGAUGCAGCUCCGAGACAACAAGUGCAGUUCUGAUUAACCGCAUCGUGAUCAGUCUGAUUCACUGCACCUCAAAGCAACCGUGCCUAAUGAGACUCCUGGGUAUUAUGGAUGUCUGUUUUAAAGCAGUAAUAUUCUCCUGGGGAAGAUAAUGACUAUGUAAUCACUAUAUGGAUUCAACAUUGUAAUUGUUCCCAUUAUGGAACAAUAUUGGCAUCAAGCAAUGCCCACAUUCACUACUACACAACUUUGGGUUUCAGUUGUUGAUUGGCUGCUUGGCUGCUUUAGAGGCCUGUCCAACAAUGUGUUUGGAGAUUAUGACUACAGUAUUUUCUCGAUUAGUUGAGCAGACUUGCUAUUAGUUGCCAUGGAAACUGUCUUAUUAAAUGGGUUAGUGUGUUUAUUCACUGAGCCCACUGAGGGAGCACACAAAAGAGAUUGUGUGUCUUAAUGGGUUUCUUCCUGGUUACAUGUGAUCCUCUGUAGCUCAGCUGGUAGAGCACGGCGCUUGUAACGCCAAGGUAGUGGGUUCGAUCCCCGGGACCACCAAUACACAAAAAAAAAUGUAUGCACGCAUGACUGUAAGUCGCUUUGGAUAAAAGCGUCUGCUAAAUGGCAUAUUAUUUUUAUUAUUUAUUAUUUAUAAAGGUUAAAUAAUAAAAACGAAUAAAAAAAGGUCAACUGCUAUUAAAAUGCCUGCUUGCAACACAAGGACACAGAGACAGCUAUGAUAUCUUAAUACCAUGGUUUAGACUACAAAUAUACCUUUGAUAAGGUUGUUUAAGUGAUGUUCAGUAGCCUAAAGUCACAUACACAUUUUAGACAACGUUAGAAUGAUGAUGUGUGAAGAAUAGAAAAGUAACAAAGACAGACAAUUUCUGACCAUUGCAAUCAUCCUCUAACAACAAAUCCUGACUGAACGGUGUCUCUCCUUCACAGAGAAAUGAUGAAGAGGCUGUGGUGGACAGAGGUGGAACACGGUCCAUGCUGAAAACCAACUUUGAAAAGGAGGAACUCGAAGGUACAUCAACUUUAUGAAGUACAAUGCCUUAAGGCCUUAAUUCAGUUUUGUGGAAGGAAGAAUAGAAGGCCACCUACAGUGAGGGAAAAAAGUAUUUGAUCCCCUGCUGAUUUUGUACGUUUGCCCACUUACAAAGAAAUGAUCAGUCUAUAAUUUUAAUGGUAGGUUUAUUUGAACAGUGAGAGACAGAAUAACAACAAAAUAAUCCAGAAAAACACAUGUCAAAAAUGUUAUAAAUUGAUUUGCAUUUUAAUGAGGGAAAUAAGUAUUUGACCCCUCUGCAAAACAUGACUUAGUACUUGGUGGCAAAACCCUUGUUAGCAAUCACAGAGGUCAGACGUUUCUUGUAGUUGGCCACCAGGUUUGCACACAUCUCAGGAGGGAUUUUGUCCCACUCCUCUUUGCAGAUCUUCUCCAAGUCAUUAAGGUUUCGAGGCUGACGUUUGGCAACUCGAACCUUUAGCUCCCUCCACAGAUUUUCUAUGGGAUUAAGGUCUUGAGACUGGCUAGGCCACUCCAGGACCUUAAUGUGCUUCUUCUUGAGCCACUCCUUUGUUGCCUUGGCCGUGUGUUUUGGGUCAUUGCCAUGCUGGAAUACCCAUCCACGACCCAUUUUCAAUGCCCUGGCUGAGGGAAGGAGGUUCUCACCCAAGAUUUGACGGUACAUGGCCCCGUCCAUCGUCCCUUUGAUGCGGUGAAGUUGUCCUGGCCCCUUAGCAGAAAAACACCCCCAAAGCAUAAUGUUUCCACCUCCAUGUUUGACGGUGGGGAUGGUGUUCUUGGGGUCAUAGGCAGCAUUCCUCCUCCUCCAAACACGGUGAGUUGAGUUGAUACCAAAGAGCUCGAUUUUGGUCUCAUCUGACCACAACACUUUCACCCAGUUCUCCUCUGAAUCAUUCAGAUGUUCAUUGGCAAACAUCAGACGGGCAUGUAUAUGUGCUUUCUUGAGCAGGGGGACCUUGCGGGCGCUGCAGAAUUUCAGUCCUUCACGGCGUAGUGUGUUACCAAUUGUUUUCUUGGUGACUAUGGUCCCAGAUGCCUUGAGAUCAUUGACAAGAUCCUCCCGUGUAGUUCUGGGCUGAUUCCUCACCGUUCUCAUGAUCAUUGCAACUCCACGAGGUGAGAUCUUGCAUGGAGCCCCAGGCCGAGGGAGAUUGACAGUUAUUUUGUGUUUCUUCCAUUUGCGAAUAAUCGCACCAACUGUUGUCACCUUCUCACCAAGCUGCUUGGCGAUGGUCUUGUAGCCCAUUCCAGCCUUGUGUAGGUCUACAAUCUUGUCCCUGACAUCCUUGGAGAGCUCUUUGGUCUUGGCCAUGGUGGAGAGUUUGGAAUCUGAUUGAUUGAUUGCUUCUGUGGACAGGUGUCUUUUAUACAGGUAACAAGCUGAGAUUAGGAGCACUCCCUUUAAGAGUGUGCUCCUAAUCUCAGCUCGUUACCUGUAUAAAAGACACCUGGGAGCCAGAAAUCUUUCUGAUUGAGAGGGGGUCAAAUACUUAUUUCCCUCAUUAAAAUGCAAAUCAAUUUCUAACAUUUUUGACAUGCGUUUUUCAGGAUUUGUUUGUUGUUAUUCUGUCCCUCACUGUUCAAAUAAACCUACCAAUAAAAUUAUAGACUGAUCAUUUCUUUGUCAGUGGGCAAACGUACAAAAUCAGCAGGGGAUCAAAUACUUUUUUCCCUCACUGUAUAUGGCCACCAGAGAUAAGGUUGUUUUUUAGAUUGAGCCAACUCCUGCUAAGACUGAGGCUGUCCUAAUAUGGACACCGUACACAUGAGACUACAGAGGGUGAUAACAAAAGAGCUGCUUGAGCACACAAAAGCACUUAGCUCCAAUAACAAAUUAAGAGUCUGCAGAACCAUUUAUGCUGAGCUUUCAAGGACGUUACUUAAAAUUCAUUUAAUCUAAAUUUCCAGCAAUGCAUUCAUCAUAGUACUGGAGGCAGUGAUUAGUCCUGAUACCCUAGUGUUUGUGGGUGGGAUAACUGGGAUUGGUUUGAAUAGCAGAGGCUGCUAGCUGCCUGGCAGUAGCCCCAGGCCUGAAGGAGCACUCACAAAGCAGGCUGGAAUCAGGGUGGAUUACCCUCACACUGUGACAUUACCACAUCUAUUCAGCCUCAGUAAUAUCAGCAGGGUGACGAUCCACCCCCGCUGCCUGCUCAUCCUCCCCAUUCUGCAGUUCUGGUUGCAUAGAUCCCAGGUCAACACCAUACGGUUUAUUUUGAGUUUCUAGAUGAGACCAGUGUGAAUUACUAAUCAAUUUCAGAAUAUUAGGCAUAUUUAUAGAACUAUUUAUACAAUAUUCAUGCUGUUCACAGAUGGUAAAAUAUACUUUGCAAUUGGUGUACUUCACUCAAUAGUUUGCUUUUCCUGUAUUAUUUUGACAACUGUCCCAUUUAUGUAACUCAGUUUAACAGUAAUAUCAAAUCUGAUUUUACUAAAAUAUGUUUGAUAUCGAAUGUCAAAUCUGUUCACUAUUUUUAGAUGAGUUUUUAUUACAUUAUUUAUUCAUCCUACCAGAUGAUGCACUAAGGGGAUUUUAAGCGAGACCAAGCCUGUAUUGUACUUCUGUGGCAGAUGUUGAAGCUAAAAAUAUUCCCAGAGAUUUAUUUUUAGACUUAGACUGAUACAAAGUAACGAUAUCAGUAAAAGGGUUGCAUACAUGCCAGUUUAAUGUCAAAGAGACGUGUGGUAGGUAUCGCUCAAUAAAAUACCAGUGACAUGACCUUUGAAUCAUAAAUCCAGAUUAUUCUAAGAUACAGUAUAUUAAUGCAAUUUGGUAAUGCUUUAUUUUAUAGCCCUUUGUAAUCUGGUAUUUACUUGGUAUAUAUAUUGUAUUGAGUAACAAACUAAGUCGAGUAAAUUGUAACCCAUAAUGUCUGUCUUUUUUGUGGGCAUAUUGCUGUUGGAAGUUGACCCAUAUAUAUAAACAAAAGGAGCAGGCUGAAUCAAUAACUUCUCUGAAUUAAAUCAUUUCUCUUCUUCUCUACUUCUUACCUUAUUCUUCUUUAUUUUGUCUUAUCUUAUUUCUCUCUCUGUGAUGGCUGCCUCCAGGUCACAGGACACUCUACAUCGGGGUACAUGUCCCCCUGGGAAGGAAGAGCCACCGGAGGCAUCGGCAUCAUGGACACAGACACAGGAAGAGGAGCAGGGAGCGGGACUCUGGAGUGGAGGAUGGAAGAGAUUCUCCCACAUACAGUAAGUUUUGCCACUCUGGCUGGCUGGCACAUUUCAAAGCAGCAGCCGAAUUGUCUGGUCCUUUGGGGUAGAAUAAUGCAAUUUUCCUCCUAAAAGAUAUAGGAUUCUGUAAUAAUAUGUUACGUCUAUAUGGCUGCAUAAUGCAUUUCAAAAGAGGGGAUUAAUGUCCACUCACCGCAAAAGAAAAGCUAUCUGGACUCAAAACUCAAUGUAUACUCAUCAAAUGUACUCAUAACAUAUACUCAUCAAAUAUAGUAGCUAUAUUUAUGAAAAAGUGUAUGUGCAUAGUCUGCUGCAGAGCUCCCUAGUCAGGGAGUGUGUAUAGCAGACAGUACUGUAAGUGAUGACCUUACUUGACCCUGCGCUCCAGACACGCCAUCCCAGAGAGUGCAGUUCCUCCUGGGCACAGAGGAUGACGAUGAGGAGCACAUCCCCCAUGACCUCUUCACUGAGCUGGACGAGAUCUGCCUGAAAGACGGAGAGGAUGCAGAGUGGAGGGAAACCGCCAGGUAAGGAGUCACAUGACACACCCCUGGCCCAUCAGCCAAUCACCGCCAAGUCAUGUUAUUACUGAAUGCUUUUAGUCAAUUCCAACGUUGGUCCAUAGGUUGUUUUUUACCUGUUGCUUUUAAUCAUGCUAAGUGAUGACAUUGUUAUAUAUAAUAUGAUUUAUUAUCUAUAAUUUAUUCCUUAUUAUAAUAUCUUAAUGUCUGAAACAUUAAACAACUGUUACCUGAAAGAGUUAACGUUACAUAAAGAGAGAUUGUUGUGUAACCUUGGAGAUGGGCUAAAUAAUGCUCUAAUUAUAAAGACUGCUGCAUGUGCAAUGCAUGGGAGCCCAGCUCUAAAGGAAAUGCUUGUUUACUGGAAGUACACAAGCAUAAUGUCUGGACUGGAGAAAUAUCCUGUUGUGCAGUACUUUCUGUGCUACAGUGCAUCUAGACACAACUGUCACAUUGUCACAUAUUGACGGACAGAGCUCUACUUGCCAUAGCUUGUCAGUCAGUCAGUCAUUCAGUCAGUCACUCACUCAGUCAGUCAGUCCCUGCCACGGUGUAGGAGGUGUUUAGUUUCCCGUGAAUAAAACAAGGUUUAUGCAGACACAGAGUGACACUUAUUCUGUAUUGUCUUGGGAAAGUCACCUGUUGAAAUAUCCUGGGGUAUUAAAUGCUUUUUUGGAUGACCAAGUCCCUCAGUCGAGCACCUGAUUCCCUUUUUUGUUCAAGCUGGAAUGAAAUGUAUUUGUGUAGGCUUUUUGGUAAUGUCUGAUGUGUCCUUGGUAUCCCCAUCAGUGUAAAGUGAGCUCUAUCAGCACAUGGCUUCUAGAUGGCUGGACAGCUCGCUGUCAUCUAUCCCAUGGUCCCUUGGCUCAGUGUUACUGGUCUGCACUCUUAGAAAAAAGGGUUCCAAAAGGGUUCUUCAGCUGUCCCCAUAGAAGAAGGUAGAACCCUUUUUGGUUCCAGGUAGAACCAUUUUUGGUUCCAGGUAGUACCCUUUCGGGGUUCCAUUUAGAACCCUCUGUGGAAAGGGUUCUACCUGGAACCAAAAGGUUCUUCAAAGGGUUCUCCUAUGGGGACAGCCGAAGAACCCUUUUACAAAGGAACUCAGGUAUUUAACAAGGGAAAUUGGUUGCAGGUGCGCUCAGAGCAUAGAGAUGUGUAGAGAUCACUAGUGCACAGAAGCCUGUAUAACAUGGGCAGCGCCAUUUGAGGACUACACAUCUCUAUGGCAAUUUUAGAGACACUUAACAAAAAAGUGCAAUUAAAGGAACAGUUAACUAAAAAGUUAGAGAAAAAAUGAGAGCCUUUUCUACAGUUCUAGAUAACACAUUAUUUUCUAAGAGUGUGGGCAUUUGUCCCUUAUACAGGUGGCUGAAGUUUGAGGAGGACGUGGAGGAUGGAGGGGAGCGGUGGAGUAAGCCCUACGUGGCCACGCUGUCCCUGCACAGCCUGUUCGAGCUGCGCAGCUGCAUCCUCAACGGCGUCGUGCUGCUGGACAUGAGGGCCAACUCUGUGGAGGAGGUAGCAGGUACUGUAGAGCACUGAGUGGCAUCAGGAACUACCCCAUACACCUUUGUCGUAUUCAUUAGUGCAUACCAUAGCAAAAUGAUUUGCAACGUAAAACAAAAAUAAGCAUUUCUUAUUGGACAGUUCCAGUUAGGUCCCUCACCGUUUUGGCUCGUUUGCUUCCGUUCUGUUCCAAGUGAAUACGACCCUGUUCUAUGAUCUUCAUUGUACAAUUGUAAACAUUGUAAUCAGAAUGUAAUGGAUGGAAUCCUAGUUGCUGUUGAACUGUUGACUGUGUGGUCCUGUUUGUCAGACAUGGUGUUGGACCAGCAGGAGACCACAGGUCCACUGGGGGACGAGGUGAGGAGGAAGGUGAGAGAGGCACUCCUCAAAACGCACCAUCACCAGAACCAGAAGAAGUUGGCCAACCGCAUCCCCAUUGUCCGCUCCUUCGCUGACAUUGGCAAGAAGCAGUCCGAGCCCCACUCCAUGGACAAGAACGGUCAGUAACAGGCAGCCCUCUGCUUAGGGUUGCAAAAUUCCUCUAACCUUCUCAGGUUUUCUAGAAAUCCCAGUUGGAAGAUUCCUGGCAUCAGGAGGGAAUAAGCAGGGAAUCCGUGAAUCCUCCAAACAGGAUUUCUGGAAAACCUGGGAAUUUUGGGAAAGUUACCGGAAUUCAGCAACCAUUCCGCUGCCACAUGACUCCCGAGUGGCACAAUGGUCUAAGGCACUGCAUCACAGUGCUAGCUGUGCCACUAGAGAUCCUAGAGAUCCCGGCCGCGACCGGGAGACCCAUGGGCGGCGCACAAUUGGUCCAGCGUCGUCCAAGGUAAGGGAGGGUUUGGCCGGCAGGGAUGUGGGUUUGUUUCCCACGGAGGGCCAGUAUAAAUUUUUUUAAAAAAUAAAAUACAUGUAUGCAUUCACUAACUGUAAGUCGCUCUGGAUAAGAGCGUCUGCUAAAUGACUAAAAUGUAAAAUGUACAUUAAUGGUUCAGGAUGACUGCAAGUUUUUCAGUUCUCCUCACUUUGUACUGCUGGUCACAGCAACAUUGAAAUUGGAAAUAAUCUUGUUGUAAGUAGUGCUCUCAGUCAUCCCAUGUGGAUGCCUUUCUCAUUCUACAUGACAUUGUCCAUGUUUGACCUUCUUUUCAGUGUCUCAGUGUGACUCUCUUCUCUUGUUUCCUUGUGUGUGUGUGUGUGUGUGUGUGUUUGUUUGUGUGUAUACGUGGAUGUAUGUAUGUGUGUCUGGCAGGCGGCCCAUCACUCUGUUCUACCCUUAAGUCCUCCUUCUGGGGCUCAUUUAUGGCAGCGGGGUCUAGGAGUGACAGGCAGGUCUCAUCCUGCACCCCAUGGCCACUCUGUUGUCCCCAGUGUGUCUCCUCCUCCAUCUCCUCUCCACUCCCGACCUCAUCCACCACCCACCCCCCUCCAGCCACUCCACACCCAGACCCCAGACCCCAGAAACAGGGUCCCAGACCCCAGUCUGAUAUGCAGCCCGUGGACAAGGAGGAUGACCCGGACCCAGGCAACUCUUAAACCUUGACAGAACCUUUCUCUACUGCUAGCACUUCCUAAAACAUAACUUGUGAAGGUGGUAAUCUCAAAGUUGUUUCGGUCAAUAAUAGUUAGAGGUUGUGUUUUGAACUUCAGAUAAUUUAAUCAAGUUAGUUAUAGCCCAUCAGGUGAGAAAGUGUAUAGUAUAGACAAUAUCUCAUAUCAUAUGAGCCGUACAUUGUAUUUUAUCGAGCACAGUGAGAAAUCAGUGGAAGUUACUAGAUAUAACUAUCAACAGGGAUAAAGUUGAAAGAGUUGCAUGAAAGAGUUACUGAACUUAUCAUUAACAUCGACUAUAUAUUAAUUUCUCUGUUUUUAAUAUCAGACUAUGUUAAAAUAUAGUGAUAGAGUGUAGGCCUAACAAGUGUAGAAGAUGUUGACAGGAAAAUAUUCAGAAGAGAAAAGGCCCUGAGCAGAGGUGUUCACUGAUAAUAGGGUUGUGGGUUCGUUUCCCACGGGGGACCCGUAUGAAAAAAGUAUGAAAAUGUGUGCACUCAUUACUGUAAGUCGCUCUGGAUAAGAGUGUCUGCUAAAUGGCUAAAAUGAAAAUGUAAAAUCAUAAGGAACCUUUACGUUCCGCUGCAAAUGAUACCUCAUUGAGAAUGUCCAUCACCUUUUACAGGAAUUAUGUUUCGGAAGCAAGUUUGCCAGCAUUCCACAUGCCAAUUUUGAUACAUGAAGACCACCCAAAACCCUUUUAGCAAAUCAUUCUCUGCUGUAAUUUAAAUCAGAGCGGUUUGUCACAGGCACAUUCAUUCUAGUAGAGUUAUGCAAAAGCUAAAUUAAAACGUGGCAACAGCGAGUGCGUGACUAAUAAACCAAACCGGGGCCAUCUUAGUGAGGGCACCCUCCUGCUCAUUGCAAGUAAGAACAUUUCAAUCUAAAGGGUUUGUCGCUGUGUUUCUUCAUGGGCAGCAGCAGCUGACUCUGUAAAUUGCUUUCAGACUUAGGGCUCUCAUUGAUUUCAUGUGGAAAUAUGAGUCGAAAUGA